ACAAGAAGGAGCUGCAUUCUGUGUCUGGAAUUCCUUGAAACAGGAUAAUUUUUGUAAAUGUGGUAGAAUUCAUCUCUAUUGCAAAAUGAAUCUCUUCUGUUUUUCACUGGAGGGCUCCAUGGACAGUUUAUAUGAACCAGUUAAAGAAAAUCAAGACCCGCAGGAAUCCAUCUGCAUGACCAGCAGGGCUAACACCCCAGUAAGUGCCUCUGUGAAAUGUGGACCUCCUGAAAGAUCUCAAUCUUUGGAAUUUUCUGAUAUUGAAAACACUUUAAUGAACAAAAGGAAGUCUAUCCAGAAGUCCAUGUCAGAAAAUGAAGCAUUUGAGCUGAAUGAAGAUUUCUUUAUUGGUGAAAGAUUUCAUUUACUACAAGAAACAAGGAUAGAAGAAACUACUUGUCAGGUAAUGACUUUUGAACAGUGGAUUCCAGCUCAGAAUCAUGUUCCAAGUGUCUCCAGUGAUAUGGUUGCUGUAUCUGAUGAAGAUAAAGCUGAAACAAUGGGAACCUUAAAACGGUUGCAGAAAUUAGUCCGAACCAAAAAAGCCAGUAUACACAGCUUGGAUGACAUCAAGCAUGUUUUGAUACCUCUCGAUCCACCACCUCAAGAUUCAUAUUUUUCUGAAGAUGAAGAUGAGGCUGUAACAUCGUGUAUGAAACUAACCAAAUCCCAGGAGAAGAAAGUAUUGAGAGAGAAUGCAAGACGCAAGGAGGAAACUGAAACUCUCUCUGCUUCCUUGGGCAGAUCUUAUACUUCCAGGCUGAGCAACUUAGGAAAUAUUUCCAUCCGUUCAGAAACUGAAUUUCAGCUCUGGAGUGACUGGAAACACUUUCCUGACAACCAGCUAUGCCCCUGUAAUUUCUUGAUCACAAGAAUAGAGGAAUGGGAAAAAUGUAAUUGUUGCUCUCACCAGCCUCGCCUUACCUGCUCUCUCACAGAUGUGGAUCUCCCAUGUUCAUGGCGGACAAGUAGCUUUGGGAACUUUGACCAUGCCAGACAUCACUCAGCAUCAAAAGCAGAUGAUUCAUCUGAGGUAUGUGAAGUAGAUACUGUAAGUGAUGGUGGAGAACUGGGACAACACAAAACAGCAAGUAGUGCAGGAAGCCUUGGAAAGAAAAUGCGGGCCAUUUCUUUGACCAUGAAGAAAAAGAUGGGCAAAAAAUAUAUCAAGGCACUGUCGGAGGAUAUGAAUGAGGAAGGAAAAGAAGAUGCCUCUUCUAAUAGAGACAGUGACCCAGGGGGAGGAUCAAACACUGAGAGAAACUCUCUAAAAGCUAGUGACUCCAUGGACAGUCUGUAUAGUCUUAAUAGUGGCCAGAGCUCAUCAAGUGGGGUAACUAGUUGCUCAGAUGGGACCAGCAACAGGGACAGUUUGAGGCUUGAUGAUGAAGUCCCUUACACCGGACCAUUCUGUGGUAGAGCCAAAGUACACACGGACUUCACACCAAGCCCUUAUGACACAGACUCCCUCAAAAUUAAGAAAGGAGACAUUGUUGACAUAAUCUGCAAAACCCCUAUGGGCAUGUGGACAGGACUGUUGAACAACAAGGUGGGAAACUUCAAAUUCAUUUAUGUGGAUAUUAUUGCAGAAGAGGAAUCUGCACCCAGAAAGUCAAAGUCAAACAAGACAAGUAAAAAGGCCAAGGCUAAUUCUCUUCAGGAACUGCUGGAACGAAUCCAUCUUCAGGACUAUACAUCAACCCUUUUACUAAAUGGUUAUGAAACAGUAGAAGACUUGAAGGAUCUAAAAGAGAGCCAUUUGAUUGAACUUAAUAUAGAAAAGCCAGAAGACAGAAAAAGGUUACUAUCUGCUAUAGAGAGUCUGAAUGAUUAUGAAAAUGAACAAGACCAGGAAGCAGAGCAAGUGCCGCAAACCUUAAGGCCUGACCUCAGCUUUAACAAGUCACAGUUAAAUGACUGUCCAAGAGACUCUGGCUGUUACAUCUCACCGGAAAAUUCAGAUAACAGUAAAGAAGACCUAGAUACAGAGACUCUGUCUGAAAUGGUGCAGGCAGUCACCAUCAUGGAGUCAAAUUGAAUCGCUUCACAUUUCCAGCACAAUGAUUAGCACUGAAUUUGCAGCUCUAGCAGAUAUACUGAACUUAGCAUGAGAUUGCAAUAAUGGACAGUAAUGUACAUUAUCAAUCAAUUCUUAGACUGAAUAUGCCAUUGGAUUUCCAUAUUAUUUUUUUAAAAAACAGAAGCAAACAUGUCUCUUGAAUAUCCUAUGCUUUCAUUUGUAAUUUUCCUGAAGACAAAGAAAUAGCAUUUUAUAUAUUAUUUGUACAGCAAAUGACUUUUCUAUGACUGCUAAUGGUUUAUAGUUCUAAGACUGUUGAUUUUUAAAAAAUCUAAAUAUUGUAAAUAGUGUACAUAAUUGUUAUUUUACAAGAGAGACUUCCUAUCCCAUCCUUUUUAAUCUAAUAAUCAGUUCUACUAAGGUUUUCCCCCCACCAAAUUGCCCUUGUAAUUAGCCAAAUAUUUUAAUAUUACUAUUUCUGGGUCUAAUUGUAUUAAUGCGAUAAAGAGUAAAUUCAAACAAAACUUAAAAAUUUAUACUGCAUAAAUAAAGGAAUAUUGACAUACAUAGAAAUUAGACAGUUUAAUCAGACUGUGUAGUGUAACCUGAAUACUUUAGGAAGGACUCUUCCUUAUUUUUUAUUGUUUUCUUUGUAAUCAGUGUGAAAUAAUAGAAGAAAGUAAUUUUUGUUUUUUAUUAUUAUCUUUGACAAACCCCUCUUUAAUGUGCUUGAUAUGGAAAUAGAGAUUCAGAAAUAUCUAUUUAGUAGUGAAUGGUCAAUUCAAGGUUUAAACAUCAGUGCAUAAUGUUGUUCAUUCCUCAGUAAACUGUCAUGUAUGCAUGUAUUUUAUAAAGGAGAUUUUUCCAUUUUCUUUUUAAAAUACUCAAAAAUAAACCAAUAGGAAAGGAA